CCCUCCUUUCUCCUCCUUGCCAUCACCCCAACCUAAGCUGAUUAUUAUCGUUGUUUCAUUAUAUCCCAGGAAUCCAGGACGAAAGAAAUAAAAUCUAAUUGAGUUUCCUUAUCUACCUAGUCUGAGGUCAACUCCCUCACAACUAUCCUCACCAUCAUUAAUCUCAAUAACAAUAUCACCACCCUUACAUCAAUAAACCUCAAUAAGGGAGAUUCAUCAUGAUUACCCUUAGGCCUUUCCCUGUCCUGUUGGGAUUGGUUUUCCUCUUUGCGUUCGCGCGACCAGCUCUCGCUUUCGGUGCUGGUAACAUCGCAGGUAUCUCUAAAGUUGAAGGACAGAAUUGGCGUCAUGGCGACAUCGAAGACACUCUUCUUACCCUUGUAAUGGCUCGCGCUGUCGGAGGCAAAAAGUUCAACAAGCUUAUGGUUUCUCGUGUCUACUUUGGCAACUGGCUUCGAGAUUAUUCCCAAGCCAUUGAUGUUGGAACUGUUAAGGCAGUCUCGGCUGAAGCUAUCCGGCUACUCCUUUGCGUUCUCGGCUUCUUAACUUUUGGCUUUGGCUCUCAGGAGUUUGAGGUUACCGCAGACCGCCUCGGCUGCUAUCGACCUGAAGACCACAUUGACAACCCCAAGAACUAUGCCGACAACGAGGAUGCCCGCCAGUAUGAACGAAGACUACGCGGCCCCGUUGAUGAGGGAGUCGAGCUUGCUAUCGACCCGGAGACAGGCAUGAAGAACUACAUUGCUAAUGAACGGGCUAAUAUCAUGACUUCGGCCCUUCACGUUAGGAAGCUCUUCACCCGCUGCGUCGAGCUCGGCCGAAACUACAAACGUAAUAACAGGAAGAGUGAUCUCUACGAAGCUUUGCGUCUGCUCGGUACCGGUCUACACUGUCUAGAAGAUUUCCUAGCUCACAGCAAUUAUACCGAAUUAGCUCUCAUUGAACUAGGUGAACGUGAUAUUUUCCCCCAUGUGGGCAGAAACACCCAGAUCCAGAUCUCUGGUGCUCGCCAUCGUGUCUACCCUUGCAUCACCGGUACCUUUGGAGGUGUCGACUUCCUUCACUCAGUCACAGGAGAAGUUUCGGACAAAUUGACGCAGAACGAGAUCCAGGAGCUUGAGGGCACUCUUCAGGAAAAUGCGAGGAAGAACGAUACUAGCAUCCUCGAGGGACUUAUCGACAAGAUCCCGGAUGGCAUCUUCGGUGGCGAUAACAAGAAGCAGAAGCUGGAAACUAUUCAGAGCAAUGCCAACGAUGCGCAAAUGGCCAACACGUCCAUUUCUCCGAGGGAUCCGGAAGAGUUUACCCAAUACAUUCAGCAAGUCUUUGCUCAGAUUAUGCCCGCCAUUGAAUUCCAUGACGAGCUUAUGAAGGGCAUUAGCGAGGCUAUCGAGAAGAUCCCUAUCUUACCUAAGAUCGUAGAACAACUUGAGGAACAGAUGUCGAUGUGGGUUUUCUCCAUCAUGGCACCUUUCGUCGUUCCCCUCAUUCAACAAGUAAAAAAUGAGCUACGCACUGGAUCGUCGGAGAUCAUUGAAAGCAGCAAGAAUGAGCAACAUGUGGUGUUCGACGACGACGAUUGCAGCGACCCAACGCACUCUAUGCUGUCAAAGGAUCACUUUUCUAACAUCCUUAACGAAAUUGCCGGCAAGACCGCCAGCAAGGUUGUCAACUGGGUUGUUCCUCAAAUCAUGGAUGCCUGGGACGAUGAGGGCGCCGACGUGGACCGCCUGAUGAACCGUAUCAUCAACGGUGUUCUACACCAUCCGGCUCAGCGCGACAUGGGAGAGGAUGGCGCCCGCGAUGGCCGCAAAAUCAUGUUCCGUUCCGUUGAGGAAUGGUGGAACGAGAUGGACGAUAGCGCAAAAGAUGACUAUCGUCAGAAGCUUUCCCGUAAUGGUGUUGAGAAUGGCGAGAACCACAAAGAGGGCGUUGAAGACUGUGGACACGGAUGCGGAAAACCUCUCGGCAUGCACAAGAACUUCGCAGAGGGUGGGACCAUGGAAGAUCGUAUUGCGGGUGCCGCUAGCGGUGCCAUCGUCGAAGGUGUCACAGGAGGCAUCUCUGAAUUCGUCAAGGCUCAAUCUGGUGGACAAAUCAACUUACCCACCUCUGGAGGGCAGCAGUCUAGCAGCUCUGGAGGAGGAUUCCUCGGAGCUAUCGGUAGCUCUCUUCUCGGAGGGGCAUUCAAAAACAAUGAGACAGAAUCGUUCAGUAGUCGGCGCGAGGAUGAUGAUGGAUCGCGCACUGAGAGCCGCGAGGAGUACGGACGUUCUGGAAGCCGAUAUGGCCAGGCCGAAUACUCGGAAACCCAAUACUCCGGCGGAGGAGAGAGCAGAGAAUAUAGUCGUUACGAACAAGACGACCGUGGUCAUGGCCGCGGCUAUGAAGAACGUACCGACUCGCGCCCGAGCUACGGCGGCGGCUACGAAGAACGUACAGAGCGUCGGUAUGAAAGCAAUGAAGAGAGCUACCAAGAAUCCAGCGGCUGGAACCAACGCAGAGAUGAGGAUAACUAUGGUGGUGGACGCCAGGAACGUGAUGGCGGCGGUGACGAGUAUGGCGGCCGUCGUGAGGAGCGCUCUUAUGGCGGCGAUAGUCGCGAAGAAAGCUACAGUCGUCGUGAGGAAUCCUCCGAUUACGGCCGCGAGGAGCGCUCUGAUUACAGCCGCGAGGAACGCUCUGAUUAUGAGCGCGAUGAUCGACGCGAUGAACGCCGUGAUGAAGAGUCAGGAUCAGGCGGCUUCCUGGAUCAGGUUAUCAACCGUGUCGGCGACGCUCUUGAUGAGGGCGGUCGUCGUCGGGAUGAUAGGGGGGGUAGUGGAUGGGGAUUCUAAAGAAAAUUGCCUAUAAAUAUGAGAUACGUCUUUGCAUGAGGCUGUUGGUGUCAGCUAGGGGUCUUUGAAUGCGGGAAGGUUGGUUUAGGAGUGUUUCGGUGUGUGUUACGUUGAAGAUACUCCCAAAAGUUACCUACGACGUAGGUGAGCUUGCAGUCUUGCAGGCUUUAUGCUUCCUAUUAGUUACUUUUCUACAUGAAUACCUAAGACGGUCUCAAGAAUGUCUGUAUUAUUGUAGUGAUUUGCAUUUAAAAUACAUGUAGCGACCACACAAGAUCUAGACCUACCCAGUAC